UCUAAGUUAUUUGAUGUAUUUUUAGCUCGGAUAUUUUUAGCUUAGGUAAAACCUAGCUGUAACUAAAAAUAGGCGUUAAAGAUGUCGGACUAGGCGGAACGAAAAGGAUGCAUCAUUUUCAUUUGAACACUGGAAUAGAAAGUAAAGAUAAGACUUGGAUAGAUAACCAGACUCUGGCAAGAACUCCGCCAAUUUAUUUUCCAGGAUAGACGCAAUUUAAGAUGAGCUUGUCAAAACCAUUACCGGUAGAAAAACACACUAUUGAAACGUUGAGGGUGUAUCCAAGAGUGCAUUACUUCCAAAGGAGAUACCAUGAUCUUGUGCCGAGAUUCAAAAGAGUGACUGGGUCAUUUCCGAAGAGUUUUCAGGUGGAAAAACUGAUCAAAGAAAUUGAUGACAUAAAUGACAAAUUCACGAAGAAAUUGGUGAUCAGUGUUAUUGGAAACUGUGAACUUGACCUUGCACAUAUUGUUGUAUCAACCAAACCAUCUGAGAAAGAGAUGUUUUCGGAACUGAAGGAACCAUCAAGGAUGUCACUGUUCAUAUGCUAUUCAAAGAGUGAAAAGUUGGACCAGUCUGGAUUGAAGAGUAUCACCUCAGUGAUUGAUAAGUUCUACGAGGACUUUGGUAAAGAAAACCCACAUUUGUUCGAAAACAUGUUCGUCGUUAUUGAAACUGAACAGAAUCACAGCGAUGAGGAGCGAAAUACUUUUAGGAAGGAAGUAAAUGAAAUUAUACGCGUGAAUCUGCAAGACACUGAUGUACAACCGCGACCAGACAGAGUAAUUUUUGGAUCAAAUGGUACUGUUCUUGGAAGUAAAAUAUCGGAACUCUUGGAAACUAUGCUUGUUGAUGGUUUCCAUACAGUUACCGCAUAUCUUGACCGUUUUGUUCGGAAGACGAAACAAUAUGAUUCGGAAAUUGAUAUAAUCCAUACCGACCUUCUCGUGAAGGCGAUCCAGGCCUUUCUACGAGAUGACAUUGGCCUUGCUGACAUGAGACAAAUAGCAGAAAAUGAUCAUUCGGAAGAAACUGAAGGAAUGAGCGUUGAUGAAAAGUUUUUGCAACAGCUAUUAAAGAAGUUGGCAAGACUUGUGAAGUGUGCAGUUGUUGAACCAU